CUCCCUGCUUUUUAGAAAGACAACAAGCCAUUCCAACUCCCUCCGUUGGAGAUUCCAAUCCCACCACCUCCGUCCCCUCUAGAUCUCCAAUCCACCGCUGGAUCCCUCAUCCAUCACUUUCUCGCAUGCCUCAUCCUACGUAAGUGGAUUCAGCGUGGAGGAGUAGGUGCCGAUCCUUGAAUUGGUGGAGCAGUUGCGCUCGUUGUCUCUUAUCUCCUCUUGCUUGCGCCGUCUGUCCGCUGGUUGAAAGACCGUCGCUAUUUCACCGUUUUCAUCAGGAGAUCGGAGACAUGUCGAUCGCCAUGGGAACCCCUUUCUUCCAUGAGCUCAAGAAGCAGGCCUCCUGCUUCUUCAAAGAAAAGAUCCGGACCGCACGGUUGGCUCUCACCGAUGUUACUCCCGCUGAAUUGCUGACAGAAGAAGCAACAAAUGGGAAUCCAUGGGCACCAGACGCAAGGACGAUGGGUUUCAUAUCACGGGCGGCAUUCGAGAUCGAUGACUACUGGAGAAUUGUGGAGAUCCUGCAUAAGAGGUUGGCCAAAUUCGAUAGGAGGCACUGGAGGGAGCCUUACCAGGCUUUGAUACUACUGGAGCAUCUUCUGACUCAUGGACCCGAGAGCACUGCAGAGGAAUUUCAAAGCGACAAGGAAGUUAUCCAAGAAAUGGAAACCUUUCAGUACAUUGAUGAACGGGGGUUUAAUUGGGGAUUGACUGUGAGAAAGAAAUCAGAGAGGGUGUUGAAGCUGCUUGAGAAAGGGCCGGUUCUUAAAGAAGAACGCGAACGGGCUCGAAGAAUUACCCGUGGAAUUCAAGGAUUUGGUAGCUUCAAUCUAAAUUGGUCAUCCACCAAUAAGAAUGGUAUGGAACAGGCUUCAAAUUGUUAUGGGAGAAGUCAUUCGCACUACGAAGAUUACAGCCAGAAGGAGAACUUAAAUCCCGAGGAUCGGCUUGAUUCACAUAUAAACAAGAGAACUGCUGAAUCAGGAGAGAGGCUGAUAGAGGAAAAUUUAGUGGACAAGAGUUUGUCGAUUCAGGAGAAAACAACUACUGUUCCAAUGGAGGGCCUUCCUCCAGGGGAAUCGAAACCACUUUCAACGUGUCAAGAUGGGACCAAAAAUGAAUUCCAGAGAGAAGACCACCCAUUUAACAAACUUGAAUAUCAAAGAAUGGAGUCAAGGCUUCUUCUGAGUCAGAAUUAAGUCCGAUCUUCCCGAAGAAAUUUGGGGCACAACACUACGAAGUGAAAACCAGCAGCAUCUGAGGUUGUUUGACCAGAUCUAUCUCAACAGCCUGUUGUUUUUGUCGAAGUAGUUCUAUCCCACCCUCAGCUAGAGCUAUGAUUCGAAGCCAUGUUAUGUCACUAUUGAUCGAGAGUUUGAUGCAGGAUUUCCAUCUUGUGUUUUGCAAGUAGACAUCGUGUCUGCAAAAUUACUACCGUAGCUUAGCAUUAUAUGUAGUGAUUAUGCCCUUGGGCUUGUUAUCUCUAGAGAGGAGUGAACAAUGUAUUGAUUGAUAUGAAGAUAUGUGAACGAUAAUAACAACAUGCUUUGUGGAUUGCCGGUGCAUUGGUUA